AAAAGAAGAUACAAGAAAUCGUUCACCUGCACUCAGUGUGGAAAGAGUUUAGCAAGCAAACCACAUCUUGAUCUUCACAUGAGAGUUCACACCGGAGAGAAACCGUUCACAUGCGAUCAGUGCGGGAAGAGUUUCACACAGAAACCACAUCUUAAGAGCCACAUGAAGAUCCACAUGGGAGAGAAACCAUACGUGUGUAAUCAGUGCGGGAAGAGUUUCACACACAAAAAUAAUCUUGAAGUUCACAUGAGAGUUCACACUGGAGAGAAACCGUUCACAUGUGAUCAGUGCGGGAAGAGUUUCUCACAAUCAGCAAGCCUUAAAGAACACAUGAAAAUCCACACCGGAGAGAAACCGUUCACAUGUGAUGAGUGUGGAAAGAGAUUCAAGUGCCAAAAUAAUCUUGAGCUUCACAUGAGAAUCCACGCGGGAGAAAAGCCAUUCACCUGCUCUCAGUGUGGAAAGAGUUUCACAUACAAACAACAUCUUGAUGCUCACAUGAGAGUUCACACCGGAGAGAAACCGUUCACAUGUGAUCAGUGCAGGAAGAGUUUCACACAGAAAAUACACCUUAAGAGCCACAUGAAGAUCCACACGGGAGAGAAGCCUCACGCAUGCGAUCAAUGUGGGAAGAGCUUCACACAAUCAGCACAACUCAAGAGACACAUGAGGGUCCACACCGGAGAGAAGCCGUUCACAUGCGAUCAAUGCGGGAAGAGUUUCCCAUAUAAACAAUGUCUUGAUGUUCACAUGAGGAUCCACACCGGAGAGAAACCAUUCAUGUGCGAUCAGUGUGAAAAGAGCUUCUCAAGCAAACUAAAUCUUGAUCUUCACAUGAGAGUUCACACCGGAGAGAAGCCGUUCACAUGCGAUCAGUGCGGGAAGAGCUUCACACAGAAACCACAUCUUACGGGGCACAUGAGGAUCCACACGGGAGAGAAGCCGCACGUAUGUGAUCAGUGCGGGAAGAGUUUCACACAAUCAACACACCUUAAAGAACACAUGAAAAUCCACACCGGAGAGAAAUCAUUCAUGUGUGAUCA